UUUGAUUUACUCCAUAGCGCUAUUAUCUCGUAUCACUGUCUCGCGCUGUCGUGUCUGUUGAAAAUGUCAAUAACUAUUCAUUAGAAAUUCUACUUAUCCUCAGAAUUCUUCAGCAAUAUUGCGUCAAUUUCUUUAAGUUUUGUUGUGUAGAUCUUUUGAAAUUUUUUUCUCCUCUCUCUCUAAGAAAAUAGGUGCAAAAAUGUCGACAACACCGGUUGUAAUUGGAGCAACUGCCAAACACACAGCAACUAUAAUUUUCCUGCAUGGCUUGGGUGACACAGGACAUGGAUGGGCUAGUGCAAUGGAAAGAAUACGAGCUCCAUACAUGAAGGUCAUCUGUCCUACUGCGGCCACAAUGCCGGUCACUCUUAACAACGGUUUCCAGAUGCCAUCUUGGUUCGAUUUGAAAACUCUGGAUGCCUCUGGUCCAGAAGAUGAUGAAGGCAUCAAAAAAGCUACAAAUAGUAUUCACUCACUAAUUGAACAAGAAGAAGCUCUUGGAAUCGCCUCCAACAGAAUAGCAAUUGGUGGUUUUUCACAGGGUGGAGCGCUAGCACUGUAUUCAGCUCUUACUUAUCCAAAACCAUUAGCAUGCGUCAUUGGUCUCUCCUGUUGGUUACCAUUGCACAAGACUUUUCCUGCGGCUGUGAAGGGUAACAAAGACACCCCUUUUCUCCUUUGUCAUGGUGAUUGUGAUCCAAUUGUGCCGUACAAGUGGGGACAGCUCUCAUCCUCCGUAAUGAAACAAUUUCUCAAGUCUGUAGAAUUCCGUACUUACAGAGGACUACUGCAUUCAUCCUCAGAAGAGGAAAUGGCUGAUAUGAAAACCUUUGUCUCCAACGUUGUUAAGCCGCUGUAAUGUUGUUGGUCCAGCCACAAUCUCAAUUAUUAAUUCUCCAGUUCUUUACGUCCAUUGCUACUCUUAGUGAACUGCAACUUCACCUUUCUCUUGAAUCAGCAUUUAGUUUAAAUACUUUUAUUUUAUCCCCUAAUCACUGUUUCUUCAUUUCACAGUGCAGAAAAUGAAUCUCUAUCUCGUCAGUAUGUCAUGGAACCACCGUACUCUAGAUGGAAUUUUCUCAAAGUUUUUAUUUCAACGUUUGAGCUUCUAUUUCCAGUAAAAAUUAUUGAAAUAACAUUGAUCUUAUGGUUCCAUUGAAAUUUUGAUUCAUAUAGAAAAAUGAAAAUUUAUUCAGAAAUUAUUCAAGGCCUGGGCCACCUGAUAUUCUAAUCUGAUAUGUUAAAUCUUACUUGAGAAAUUUAAAUUUUAGUAGGGAAGGGAGAAGCAUUUAUCUUGUAGCCCUGAACCAGACCAUAACUGACAGACAUUCCUCCCUUAUUUCUUCUCUUAAAAAGAGAAAAAAAUACCAUCUUUGCAAGUUGCCCUGUCAAUGUUUCUGUUUGCAAAGCAAAUUUUCAGCAUUUUUCUGCUUAAAAGAGAGAGGGACAGAGACAUUUUCACAUUCUGCUGAGAUGGAAGUGUAACUCACUGAACAAUACCUGAUAUAAUUUUAUUCAGGAUGGAUUUGUUUUACUGUAAAAUGAAUUGAAAUCCAAGCCUCGAUCUCCUCUGUAGGCACUUAAUUCUUAACCCCUAACUCUGGUCUCAUAUUUUUAUUUGAGGAUUGGAUCAUCAUCCACGCACAAGAUCAAUAUUCUUUUGGAUCAAUGUUAUUUGAGGUCUGUGCAGGCUCAAACAUGAUCACAAUCCAUUAUGAAUUGUUAAGAUCCUAAAUUUGUCUCCUCCAAAUGUUUUCUUUUGAGCUAGAUUUUUCAAUACAUGUUAAUUUUAUCUAGAAACUUAGCUCACUGAAUCUCUAGUGAUCCUUAAUUUUGUAAUUAAAUUUACGUACUAUUCAUCCAGCAGCAUUCUUAGAUUAGCAAUUGGUUGUUUUGCAUUUACAGAUAAUGAGUCCGAACCAUUUUUUAAUUUUAAAGUUUCUUUUAAUUUAUCACUAUUUUUACUAGUAAUGCAUGAAGUGGACUUGAAGCUAAGCUUCACUUUGUAAUAGUCGGUGCAAAGAAAUCAAGUGGCUCUCGGUUAGAAGUUAAAUGCCGGAAUGAUGCAAGUUUCCCCGGAUCCCUCUCUUAUCAAUCGGUUGCUCAAGGAAUAAUUUGUCAUUGCAUUCUAAUUGAGCGCUUUUUGUUUUUUUGUUGCACGGACUACCUCAUCAGGAGACCUAGGUAUCAAUUGUGAAACUACUGAAAUGUUUAACUCAGUUUGCAGUGUCAAAGACCUCCUUUCCUACUUUAUUUUCAACAUGGAAACCUACUACCUACAAUCAUUUUUUGAGAACCUUGGUGAUCUUUCUUCUCAAAAGUUUCAAGCUAUGAUUUUGGUUCUGUUUUCUUUUAAACAAUAAAAUAAAAGUGGAGAUUUUAAAACACCGCAAACCCAGAUACGCAAUUUUGCAGUUUUACGAUGUAUUUAGAGACCUCCUCAUAGGUGAAUCAAAGGAUGGCCCCUUGGCAACUGAUUUAACUCUGUUUAUUGCGUUUAUUAUCAUACUUCUAGUUUGUUUUCCUUUGUCAUUAUGUUUGAUUUUAUAUAUCUGAAUGACGCAAAGUGUGAAAUGAAACGGUCUGAAUGACAGUUUCAAGAUUGAAUGAACUUAUCAUAAUUCUAAUUACUGAUGACCCUUGUAAUUUAAAACCAUUCGUGAUUGAACUCAUGAUUUACUUUCAAGAGGUACGAGUACCUCUUUAUUCAAUGCAUUUUUUUUUUUUGUUAAUUCGUUUUUAGGCUAUUCUGUUUGAAGAAAUUUUUGCAUCAGUUCUGAAUGUACUGACUUUGGUCAAACUAUGUGCUCUCCUUUAUGUAGGUAAAUUUCUAUUGAAAAUACAACAUUCUCAAAGAUUCCAGAGAUUUUACAUUUUCUUUUUAAUCCAACGCAAUCAAUGAGUGAUCACUACAUCCUACUUCUUCUGAUCUAGAUUCAAUGGCACCUUUCAUGAUGGCAUGAAUUUAUCUUAUGAAAUAGUGUAUAAUGGUAGGCACUUCUCAUCAAAAUAUUCAUAAAUGUCAUUGGGUUUUAGGUAAAAGAAUAAAUGACAUGACUGUUUCUUUAAAUCUGAAUAAAAGAAUACUUAUUUAGCCAGUGA